AGGCAUUGGCCGAGAUCUAUCAACACAUGAUGCAUUCUGUCUCUCUUUUUUCCCUCUGGGUGGCUCCAGCCCUAGCCCUGGCACCGGCCGCCACUCCCCUGAGCGCUUCAAUCACCGGGCGAGCGGACCCGCUGAUACAAUGCUUGUCUUCCUCGCUGUCCCCCAACGGGUCGAUCAUCUUUCCAGACCAGCCGUUGUUCACGGUGGACACUGCGCGCUACUCGGAGCUCUAUGCGCCGACUUUCCGCCUCAUUUCCAAGGUUGAAAACGAGCAUGAUGUCCGUGUCUCUAUUCAAUGUGCAAAAAGCACCAACACCACAUUUCUCCUCACGGGUCCACGACACGGCUUCUACCAGGGGUUUCAAAAGAUCCGGGCUGGUCUCGAGAUCGACACAUCGGCCUUCAACGAAGUGACAAUCGACCCGGAAGCCAAUACGCUGACGUGCGGAGGCGCAACGAUCUUUCAGCAGGUGAUCGAUGUUGCUUACGCCGCGAAGAAAGAUAUGCCAACCGGAAGUGGAUCCUGUGUCGGGGUCCUGGGGGCUGGCGUUGGGGCGGGCAUCGGGCGACUGGAGGGGUUGUAUGGCCUCAUCAUUGACAGCCUGCUGUCGGUACGAAUCAUGUUGCCCAACACCACCGUGGUCGAGGCUUCGACGGAGCAGAAUCCCGACCUCUUCUGGGGCAUUCGUGGUGCGGGCUGGAACUUCGGCUUCAUCCUCAACGCUACUUUCCGGGUUUAUGACCAGGUCCCCAACGGCCUGCACCUGAACGCCGAUCUCAUCUACCCGUCCAACAUCACCGAGUCGUUCUACGAGAUCCUGCGUCAAGAGGCACCCCACAUGCCGGCGCCAUUGUCUCUCGCGUCUGGCCUGGCAUGGAACCCGGCGUACAACGAUACCACCUUGACCAUCAAUGCUGUCUAUGCAGGGCCGGAACGCGAGGGUCGUGCCGCCAUUCAAUUCCUGCUCGACCAGGGGCCCAUCCUGCGACAAAACAUCACCAUGGUGCCCUGGAACCAACUCAUCCCCGCCACCUUUUUUGGGGCCGGCGCCGAUCCAACCUGUAGCCUGGGUGGCGUGCGCAAGUCCGUCCUAUCCUCCGCGUUCAACGUGAUCGACCCCAAAGCACAGGUAGCCAUCACUGAGAUGUUCAAGGAGAUGGUCAUCCGCUAUCCGCAGACGGGGGACAGUGGGCUGGCCUUGUACUUUCCCGCGACGCAGGCCGCGCGUGCCAUUUCUAGUAACGAAACCGCGUACGCAUGGCGUGAUGUUUUGGGGCAUAUGAACUUUGAGAUCGUCUACUCGGACAACACGACGACUGAUGCCACCAUCGACUACAUUCCCGAGAAGAUGCGCGAUACCAUCGCGGCCACGGCGGGCACCGAUGGACUACAGGUCUACGUGGGCUUCUCCCACGGCGACGAGCCCCUCGAGUCGAUCUUCGCCAAGGACAAAUUGCCGCAUCUGGCCGCGUUGAAGAAACAGUACGACCCCGAGGGAUUGUUCAACGCAUACCAUCCUCUUCCCACUGUCUAUCCCUGACCGUUGAUGUGCGGGGUGGAAAGGAGGGGCGGGGCGGCGAAGGGAUGGUGGUCUACUGAUCGUGUUCCACGAGGGAAGGAAGGUUGAACCCUGUAAAUAAGUGGCAGAGACCGUGUGGAUGAACCCGAUCUAUGGUUCCUUGAUCGAGA